CCAAAGAUCCGCUCGGCUUUAUUACCCACCGGGUUCCACGUACGGCCACCCCUUCAGAAGACGCUUAUCAACAUCAGCUCUGCAGACGCUCACAUGGCCGUCUCCUUUCUUCGUUUCCCGCUCUCUCCAUUUCUCCUAAAAAACCCCAACCCAACAAAAAAUUCCUGGCUUUUCAGAUUUCCAACAUUCCCCCUUUUACCCUACUGCUCUGGCUCCUCUUCCUCUUCCUCUUCUUCAUCUGCAUCCUUCACUCACAAAUGGGAACCUUUCCGGAAAAAGAAGGUGGUCUUGCGGGUCGGAUAUGUGGGAACCGCUUACCGAGGUCUACAAAUGCAACGAGAUGAACACUCAUUAUCCACUAUCGAAGAAGAAUUGGAGAUGGCCAUUUUUAAGGCCGGUGGGAUCCGUGAUAGUAAUUAUGGGAAUCUCCAGAAAAUCUCAUGGGCGAGAAGUAGCCGUACCGAUAAAGGAGUUCACUCGUUGGCAACAACCAUAUCUUUGAAAAUGGAAAUUCCUGAAAAUGCAUGGAAAGAAGACCCUUAUGGCAUGGCUCUUGGAAAUCACAUCAACUAUUAUCUUCCUAAAACUAUUAAAGUCUUUAGCAUUUUACCCUCACAGAGGAGCUUUGAUCCUAGAAGGGAGUGUAAUCUCCGGAAGUAUUCUUAUCUCAUUCCCGCUGAAAGCACAGCUGAAGUUGAUCAUCAUCUGUUAGACUUCAAUCAUAUAUUAAAUGCUUUUGAGGGAGAACAUCCUUUCCACAAUUAUACAGUACGGUCCAAGUACAGGGAACAGUUUCAUACCAAACGAUCACUUGGAACUGGCAAUGUACCUUCAAGAGCAAACUCAUCCAGUGAGGCAUCAAUCUCUGAGUGCGAGGAAAGUGAUGCAGAAGAAGAUUUUGGGAUUGAUGGAGCGACUACGUUACAUGUUGAGAGGAUGAGCAAAAAUUCUUCAGAAUCCAGCAGUUCUCAUGAAUGUUUAUCUGACACUGGUGAUAAGCAUGAAAAUGGUCUGAAGACUCACACUUCCAAUUUCGUUGUUCGUGCAAGAUGGCUGCAUGAACCUGAUAAGAUUGACAGGAUAGGUGCUUCCCAUUUCAGAAAGAUUAUUCGCUGUUCUUGCGGAAAACUGGAGAAAUCACUUGGAUUUCCUUAUGUUGAGCUUUCUAUAUGGGGAGAAUCUUUCAUGCUACAUCAAAUCCGCAAAAUGGUUGGGACUGCCGUGGCAGUAAAGCGCAACUUACUCCCCAGAGAUAUUCUAAUGUUGUCACUUUCCAAGUUCUCACGGAUCGUUCUACCCCUUGCCCCAUCCGAAGUUCUGAUUUUGAGGGGAAACAGUUUCUCUUUGAGAAAAAGACCUGGAGAUGUAACGAGGCCUGAAAUGCUGACUAUAGUUGAGUCAGAAGAAAUUUUGAUGGCAGUUGACGAUUUCUACACCUCUGUAAUGUUGCCUGAAGUCUCAAAGUUAUUGGAUCCUUUUGGUUCUCCUUGGAAAGAAUGGGUUGAAAAAUUGGACGAGCAUACAAGCAUCCCUGAUGUACAAUUGGAUGAAGUCAGGAAAGCUUGGAAAUUGUGGAAGGGAAAGUUUCAAAGUAGUGCCACUGUCACAUCCGCCAUAAAUCAAUGAGACUUGUAAGGAAUAUGGACCCGGAUAUCUAACGCAGGAGGAUCCAAGCCCAAUGAUGAGUAUACCUAGGAGUUGGGCGAGAGGCGAUAGAUUUAGAUGAGAAGCGGAAGAUUUGGGCGAGAAGCGGCAAAUUUGGGCGAGGAGACUUAAGUAGGCGGGAAGAGAUAAAGACUUGGUUGAUGAGACUUAUCUCUUGUUUGGGUGAGGAGACUUAUCUUUUAGUUGGUUGGGCAAGGAGAAGUGGCGACGUCUGUAUUUUAACGAUAAUUUUGGCUACAGAUGUCAGAAUCACGCAUAUGAUCCCAAUUCGAAAAGUUCUAUUCGGAGCGCACGUCAAGGUCACCAUGCUUCGCCUAGUGGGCCCCUUUUCGGCCCCAUAAUCAGCAUUUUUACCUCCGAACCGACAAUUUUAGUCAACUUUUUCAUUUUUGGUUAAUUCUCUUUUAUGGUAAUGUUUAUCUUUAGUAAUGAUUUUAUUCUGAAUUUUUAGGCUAGAUCUUAGUCAUAAUUAUUUUAUUCCGUAUUCUAUUGUUGGUCUUAAUUACAUAUUUGCCAUUUUUCAUUAGCUAUUUAAGUCCAGCUUGUAGGCUUUAGAGAAAGGGGAGGAUUGAUUUAUUUUCAUAGUAAAACCUUAAUUUCAGAGUU